GAGAAAUCCGGAAUAUAUAAAUAUAUCCAGUACCUGAUUCAUUGGCCAAGCAUUCAAGAGAGAUGGGUUGGGUUUGGCAAGACGAUGACGACGGUUCCCGCAGCUCCGGUUCCGGCGUCGACAUCAACAUCGGUUCCGGCAACCCUAGCAGGUCCCCCGCCGCGGACGGCGGCAAUUUCUCCACCCGAAAAGUCGUGAUGACGCAGUGCCGAACCGAGGAGUCCGAGCCUGGCAAGUUCAUCCGCAAGUGCGAGAAGACCGAGCAGAUAUUCAGGGAUUGCGCCGGAAGGCCUUCUGAGCUGGUGCAAACAAACAAAGAAUACACAGAGGAAGACAUGACAGGCCAAAUGACUAAAGGGUCCCUGGGCCACCCUAUGGAGUCGUCCCGGGCAGGGCCAUUUCUUCCUGGGCUGCGCGGCGACAUUGAAGCCAUGGAGCGCAACUUCUUCAGCGGACUUGACCGUUUCUUUGAUGCGGCCGAGCAGACGAUGAACGGUGUCUUUGGUUCGUUUGGAAUCCCCCGCACUUAUGAUGGCAAUAACAAUACUAGAUCAUUCCCAGCAUGGCGCCGUCGAGGUGUACCAGUGGAGGAAGGCAACCCCUCCAGGAAACCUUCUGCCGAAGUGAGUACUUCUAAUGGAGACAUUGAUUUUUCUGGGUUGACUAAAGAUGUUUGAAGUUAGUUUCUUUCUGGGAUUGAAGACUUAUUUCUGGGUUUUAAUGUUUUAUUGGCUGGUGGUGACAGGUGAAUAAUAGCCAAAUGUUACUGUAUAUCUCAUGACCAUGAGUAUUGAGUAGAGUGUUGCUUAAUACUCCUUUUUUAGCAUUCAAGACUUGAAUCCAAUACUAAAUAGAAUUAUGAUAUUAGCUCAUCCAAAACUAAUUGGUAAUGAUAUUAUUUAAACAAUAUCGUUACGAAUUAGUUUUGGGGGUGUUUAAUUAAUAUCAUUACCAAUUUGCUGAGAUUUCU